AAAGAGAUGCAUCUGGUUCAAGAUGUGCUCAAAGUUGUCCAUGGACUUGGCAAUCGGGUGAGAGUGUAUUCCUUCAUAGGUUGUCACUACUACGCCUUCAUCGUUCGUCAACAGUUGCAUCCUCCGUACGUGCACCUGUAGUAACUUCUGCAGCACCAUGCACACAAUUUAUAUUAGCAAAUUAAGACAACGUUGAUUGUAUAUUAUAACGUUUAAUACUUUCAUGUCAUGUAAUGCAUGCCUCAUUCAUAUAUGUGUUUGUUUGCAUAUUUAAUGUUAUAGUCUCGUUGUACUCAGCACCUUAGUACUAAUCAUAUAUUAAUAAGGUGCAUGUUGAUUGUUGAUUGCCGAGAAUUUCUAAUUAUGUUUAAGUCGUGUUUACACGCUUUGUAUUUGUUGGUAUAAAUUUUGAGAACUCAAUGAUCGAUCUACGAAAGGUUGGAUGCAGUAAUGGUGGAGCCAAAAAUGCAAGCAAGGGGCUUAUUUGAAUGGUUGUAAUUGGGAGAGAUAGAAUAAAACUGUACCGACUAUUCUAAUUUUUAAAUUUGGACAUAACUUAUAUGUAAUUUUACUUAUAUUUUGGAAUUAAUGGGACUACAACUCUUCUCACUUCAACCUAGCUCCACCACUGGAUGACAAGAACAAGACGAGAGCCGCCAGUACCUGCUUGCGAUUUCAAUGCAUGACAUGUCAUAUAUAGGGCUAGUUGUAGAAAACUUAAAAUUGGAAGCGACUUUCCGUCAAUUUGAAUCAGAUAUGGUUUCAGGGCUUUGGAGAAAAAAGGGAAUGACUUUUCAGCACACGGCCCCGCCCGCCCGCAUAGAUAGAUUCCACACUUGUGUGGGUUAGGUCUGCAAGUACCAGGCAACACAUUGUUGGGCGAGAUCAGAGCUAGCAAGCUCUAACAAGGAAAGUGCUGGUAGAAAAGGAAGUAUAUUAACUCUAUGUUAGAUAAAUUCAAUCUUUCCAACAUCAAUUCCAGUCCUACUCCAUUGGCUGUGAAUCUCAAGUUGGACAAAGAUGAAAAUGGGGUUCCAGUAGAUGAAAAAUUGUUUAGGGGAAUGAUUGGGUCACUUCUUUACUUGACUGCUAGUCGACCUGACAUUCAGUAUAGUGUGUGCUUAUGUGCCAGAUUCUAGGCAGCACCUAAAGUAAGUCAUCUUACUGCUGUUAAGCGUAUUUUUCGAUACUUAAAAGGUACAACUAGUGUAGGUCUGUGGUACCCUAAGCAUGAUAGUUUUGAUUUACUUGGCUAUAGCGACUCUGACUUUGCUGGAAGUCUGACUGAUCGCAAAAGCACAAGUGGUACAUGUCAGUUUGUUGGUACAUCACUUGUUUCUUGGUCUUGCAAAAAACAAGGGGCUGUUGCCCUUUCAACAGCCGAGGCUGAGUACAUAGCAGCUGGAGGCUGUUGUACUCAACUUCUCUGGCUCAAGUAUCAACUAAGUGACUAUGGUGUGACUGUGCCUGUUAUUCCCUUAUAUUGUGAUAAUACCAGCACAAUUUGCAUGACCAAAAACCUAGUACAGCAUUCCCGGACUAAGCAUAUUGAGAUCAAGUACCAUUUCAUCCGAGAACUAGUUCAGAAUCAGGUCAUUGCUCUUAACUACAUCUCUACAGAAUUUCAAUUGGCUGACCUAUUCACUAAACCUUUGUCUGCUGAUCGAUUUACAUUCCUAUGCUAUGACAUUGGUCUCAGAUCCUAUGAUAAUCUUCGUGAUUUCCUUACUGUCUGAUUGUUAUGGUUCCUUUCCUUAAUUGAUUAUUUUUCUGUCCUUUUUUUCUUGAUUUUUGCUUCCUUGUUUUGUGCUUCUGAUCUUCCUUUUCUAGUUGAUAAUUUUUAGGCCUAAUUGAUGUGUCGCUUUACCUUCCAGUUCUAUCUCUCUGCGUGUCCUAUUUAUACUCUGGUUUAUUAACUGUUGUGGUCAUUAUCUCUUCCCUUGAUCCUCCUCUCUCGUUGCAGCCAUGAAUCGUGUGUUUUCCCAAACCUUCACUGGCUAUCUGUUUUCUGAGCCCAUCUCUUUCAGUCGACAUAGGUUUGCCUUAGCUUAUGAAAAUCGUCCCAUUGCUACCCCUAUUCAUGUUCAUCUUCCUGACUUUGUGGAGUAUGGACUUGACGUGGGAGAUUUCAUCCACAAUCUUGGCUGGGAUUUUCUUCUGCUAGAUCCUCCUUCUUUGAUUUGCCCUGAGUUGGUCCAAUAUUUUUAUUCAAAUCUUCGUUCUUUUGGGCUGCAAAGUCGCUGUUUCUCUACUGUUGUUUACGGCCAUCUAGUAACUAUUCCUGUUCCUGAGUUGGCUCGUAUCCUCAAUAUCCCUCCUGUAGGAGAAGUGUUAGCCCAUGAGUCUGAACUAUGGAGAUAUAACUUCGAUAUCUCGGCUGAAUUCCUUCAGUUGACUGGUAUUCAUCCUGGACCAGCAACUUUUCUGCCUGUCAACUCUGUUAUGCCUCGUCUUCGUGCUCUGUACUUUGUUAUCACACGGAUUUUCUUGCCUCGCACUCAAUCCUUGGAUAUUAUUCUUCCCUUGGAUUUAUGGAUCAUGGCUCAUGCUGCUGCUGGGAUUCCUUUGGAUUUCUCAUAUCUGUUGUUUGAAGUCUUCAUGACCUAUGGGGACUCUAGUUUCCCUGGUCCUCUCCCUUUUGGUCCCCUGAUAACUCAGCUGAUAAUUCGCCUGGGGAUUUCUUUUACCUCGUUUCACACUGUGCAACCUUCUUGGGUCUUUCUUAUUGAUCAAGUUCUUGAUGAGCUUGAGAUUUCAAACGAGGGGGAGAUGGACGCUGCUGAUACUGAAGAAGAUGAAGAUGAAGUCGACGAUCCUGAAGAGGUGCCUGAAGAUGUUGCUGAAGCAGCAGGAAAUGAUGACGAUGAUCUAGAUCGGUUUGGAGCAGCUGUUGUCAUGCCUGGUGGAUUCUCUAGAAGACUCGUGGAUUACAGCUCAGACGAAUCUGUUUCACUUGCAGACUAGUUUAGGGGGAGCCUUGGCUUAGGGGGAGCCAGUGUUGAACCUCUCUUUAAACUUUUUUUUGGCGCUUUGAUUUGAUGCUUUGGAUUUACUGUGUGGUUUGAUUAGAUUGGUGUGAAUGACUGGUGUUUGAUUUGGUGCUUUGAAACUAUUUAUGCUGUCUUCGUUGGAUAUCCUUGCUUUGUGUUUGUCAAGGCUUGUUUUGCAGGAUCUAUGGCAUUUGCAAUCUCUGAUCUAGGGGGAGAUUGUUGGGCGAGAUCAGAGCUAGCAAGCUCUAACAAGGAAAGUGCUGGUAGAAAAGGAAGGAGCUGAUUUUUCUCAACGGCUAGUAAAGGACAACGGCUUUGUUGCUGUCUCUAUAUAUUCGAUCAUCACCUCCUCCUCUGCACUCACUUUUACAGGAAGAAGUAAUAGCGGUAUAGGGCUUGCACUUGAGAGUAAAAGGGUCUCUUCUCCAGGGGUAUAGGUUCUGUGAGAGAGGGUGAAUCUGGUUCAGAGUUUGUAGUACUCUGGUUUAAUUUCGUGUUUCUACAUUUGUGUAACUCUAGCUUUUUAUUUCUGCUUGUGUCUUGAGAUCAUAUAAUCAGAAAAUAUAGUGUCUCUCAGCAGGAGCGGGUACGACUGCUGAGACGAGGACGUAGCCAUGCUUGGGUGAACCUCGUUAAAAUAUGGUCUCUGUGUUCUGUUAUCCUCUUCCGCUCGUCUCUAUGUUUUUACUUUGCCUUCUGCUCUGUCUUCAAGGGUUGAGCAGAAUCCAGUUAGUUGGUGCUAGCGUCUCUUCUGGGCUCAAGAUCAAAAGCCCAUCUUUGCUUAACUAAUUUAAAUUCUCCGUGGGCCUUUGUAAAGUCAGCCCACUGUUUUCACAGAAAUAGUCAGAAUAGAGAUUGGGAUCUCUA